AUUCCAUAGGUGGGUCAUUUUCAGCUUCCUCCCACCGAUGCCACCACAAGCAGAAGCACUGUCUCCCCAUCCCACAGUGUGGAGCUCUGUCCAUCAGCCCUCUGCUUUUCCAUCCCCACACGAAGGGAUCCCAGAUCAUCAUGGACACAACACAGAAGGCAGUGAAGCGCCAGGCUAGCUUCUGCAAUGCCAUUACCUUCAGCAACAGGCCCAUCGUUAUUUAUGAACAAGUCAGGCUUAAGAUCACUAAAAAGCAGUGUUGCUGGAGUGGGGCUCUUCGACUCGGGUUUACUUCCAAGGAUCCAUCGAGGAUUAACCCUGACACUCUGCCAAAGUACGCCUGCCCUGACUUGGUUUCCCAGAGCGGUUUUUGGGCCAAGGCUCUGCCAGAAGAGUUUGCGAACGAGGGAAACAUCAUAGCCUUCUGGGUGGACAAGAAAGGUCGGGUUUUCUAUCGGGUGAACGACUCGGCUGCGAUGCUCUUCUUCAGCGGGGUGAGGACGGCAGAGCCCCUCUGGGCUUUGAUCGACGUCUACGGACUGACCCGCGGAGUGCAGCUCUUAGACAGUGAAAUCAUUCCUCCCGACUGCCUGCGGCCCCGCUCCUUCACCGCCAUCCGCCGGCCCUCGCUGCGGCGGGAGACGGAGGACACGCGCCUCUCAGUCAGCCUGUGCGACCUCAACCUGCAGGAGGAGAACUUCCAUGUGACGGCCACCACGUGCCCCAUCCCGCAGAACUCCCUCAACUCCCAGCACUCCCACCUCCUCCCCUCCCAGCUGGAGAGCGACCUCCGCUUCCACCACCUCCGGGGACCCCAUGUCAAAAUCCUUGAUGACCAAACCGUGGCCCGUCUGGAGCACGCCCGGGAGGAGAGGACUUUGGUUUUCACCAGCAGACCCCUUCGGAUCAACGAAACCAUUUUUGUCAAAAUCAACAAGUCCAAUGCUGUGCGCACGGGGACGCUGUCCUACGGGGUGACGUCCUGCGACCCCAGCACCUUGCGUCCCAGCGACCUUCCCUAUAACCCCGAGUCCUUGGUUGACCGAAAGGAGUUCUGGGCCAUCUGCCGAGUCGUGGUGCCCCUCCAGAGCGGAGACAUCCUGGGAUUUACGGUGAAUUCAGAUGGUGAGCUGCACUUGAGUCACAAUGGUGCCGGCACUGGCAUGCAGGUCUGCGUGGACUGUUCCCAGCCCCUCUGGAUGUUCUUCGUUUUACACGGCGCAGUCAUACAAAUUCGAUUGUUAGGUUCCACCAUAUUAGCCGAGCGGCUGGGGCUGUCCACACCAAGCUCACCCACAUCGACACCCAAUUCCCCCACUGUCCUCUGCAGCGGCAUCUCUGACCCCAUAUUGUCUACAUGUGGCUCUGGCCCCCUCUGCAGCUCUAUCAGUGGCACAGCUCCCAACUCUCCAAUCAGCUUGCCUGAGUCACCCAUCUCCCCAUCCGUCUCAGGGCCCUGGGGAGAUGAAUGCACCAUCUGCUAUGAGAACAUGGUAGACACGGUCAUUUACUCCUGUGGACACAUGUGUCUCUGCUAUUCAUGUGGGCUGAAGCUCAAGAAGAUGGCCAAUGCUUGCUGCCCCAUUUGCAGACGGGCCAUCAAAGAUAUCAUCAAAACAUACCGCAGCACUUAGAGCAACAGAAGAUGCUGUGGUGGGGACUGUGCAGGUGGGAAGGAGGCUUUGAAACAACACAGGUCUUGGCCUCUAUUCAUCAUCCAGAAGAUUUGAAAACCAUCACCCACCACCCCCCUGAUCCUCUUUUCCACGGACAAGAGAUGAGACAAGCUUAGGCGCUGCUCUCCUACCCUCCAAGAAAGCCCUGGGACUGAACUCCAGUGUGUCAGGGAAGUUGUGAUGGACUACUCUCCCUCGUGGAUUUUAAACUUUAUC